UGUUACUGAAAAUGUCUUCAUAAUUUUUUUAAAUUACUGAUAAUUUAAUCUGGCUACAGAGACUCGACAGGCGUGCUGAGAACACGCGCGCCACACCAGAGCGUGAGCUUGAGCGUGUAAAAAGAGAAGUAGCAUAAGUAACCUGAAAAAUAAGGAACGGUGACUGGUCUGUGCCUGACGUACAAUUUCUGCCUUGUUUAUUAAGUCAAUUAAAAAACCCUACCCCCUUCUCUCUCUCUCUCAAAGCCACCCUGAACCUGCUCUUUAUCCCCAAAGGUUACCCUCCACCACCAGUGCCACCUCGACCGCCGGCCCGCACAGAGAAAAGUGAAGAAACAAUGAAGCUAAAGAACAAAGGUAAAGUAUACCCAUCUCCAUCGUCAUCAUCGUCUUCUUCUGUUGCUGCCAGUAAAGAUAGGGAUAGAGAUGUUCUCUCGGUACUCAAGCUUCUUCCAGCUGCCAUUCUCGCUUUAGCUUCUGUUCUCGCCCUUGAAGACCGUGAAGUUCUUGCUUAUAUGAUUACCAGGUCUCUGAAAACCACUACCAACCCAAACCCAAACAACCCUUCUUCUCUUGAUCAAGAUUCCAAGAGAAAAUCCUCCAAAAAGCCACCAAAUGCCUCCACCAACAACCUUAAUACUAAUAACCAUAAGCCUCCUAUCUUUGAUUGUGAUUGUUUUGACUGUUAUACUAGCUACUGGUUCAGGUGGGACUCUUCUCCUAAUCGUGAGCUCAUCCAUCAAGUCAUUGAAGCCUUUGAAGAGCACUUGACCAACGGUGAACAAUCCAGGAAAAGCUCUAAAGGUAAAAGACGAGACAGAGUGGGUCGGCGGGUUGGUGAGAAGCCGGUUCUUGAUGUUAUCGAUCGACCCGAAAUACUGGAGCUAGAGAGUACUCCUCCACAGAAAGCCAAUGAAUCCUCUAUUAUUUCUCCCGAUGAUGACGUCUCACAGAUUGCUACGCCUGAGAGAGCGGCUGAUGGAGAAGGGAAGGAGCAAAAGGAAGCUGAGAGAAAUGAAGAGCAGAGUGAGUCAGUGCCCACGGCGGAGACGGAAGAGAUGGCGGUGGUAAGUUCACCGCAGCAGGCAGUAAGCAACCACAAGGGUUUGGCAAGGAAGGUAUUGCCGGACGUGUUAGGAUUAUUAAAUUCUCGUUUAUGGAGUCUUUGGGGUCCGAGUGUGUAGAAUGCCAAAAAAAAAAAAGAUUGUCUUUGCUUUCUUCCAUUUUUGGAACCCAGAAAAAUUUAGAAAAAAUGAAAAAAAAGAAGUAUAUUUUUGGUGGAACGUAAUUAGUACCUCUCAUAUUUCAAUGGAAGCUUUAAUUUUUUUUU